GGCAGAAUCCAGCGUCGCUCUGCCUCGCACAUAACUCCAAUCCGUGAUUCGCACCAGAGGGAGCUUUAGAGUUACCAACGUUAGUUGGUUGCAGUUAUAUAUAUAGCCCAGGCCACAAGUCCAGUGUCAGCACACUCUGCGAGCUCAGCUGUGGGUCUUCGCCCGUGUUACUGACCUGUACUGCUCCAGUACGGCUAGUCUCUCUUAGAGCCUCUCGUACUCUCCCUGCUUGAUCGUUGCUACUAGCUGUGAGUCGUCAGCGUAAAGCGUGGAUGACCAGGAGUGACUCUGGGUGACCAGGAGUAACUGUGGGUGACCAGGAGUAACUGUGGAUGACCAGGAGUGACUCUGGGUGACCAGGAGUAACUGUGGGUGACCAGGAGUAACUAUGGGUGACCAGGAGUGAUUCUGGGUGACCAGGAGUAACUGUGGGUGACCAGGAGUAACUGUGGGUGACCAGGAGUGACUGUGGAUGACCAGGAAUAACUGUGGAUGACCAAGAGUGACUGUGGAUGACCAGGAGUAACUGUGGAUGACCAGGAGUGACUGUGGAGGACCAGGAGUAACUGUGGAUGACCAGGAGUAACUGUGGGUGACCAGGAGUAACUGUGGAUGACCAGGAGUAACUGUGGGUGACCAGGAGUGACUGUGCGCGACCAGGAGUGACUGUGCGCGACCAGGAGUAACUGUGCGUGACCAGGAGUAACUCGAGGACUAGGUCUAGCUUUUAGUUGCCUGUACAUUUUGUGAGUACGCUGCGACAAAGACUCGCCGACAACAUGCGGCCGACGCGAUGCUGCUGCCACCUGCUGGCGCUCGUCGCCUGCAUCGCCAUGACGACGACGCACGCGCACAACAUCCUUCUCGCGCAGACGCCGCUCUUCGGCGGUCGCCUGAUGCUGAUGACGCGCGUCGGCGCGUUGCUACGGCAACGCGGACACAACGUGACGAUGCUACUCAACGGGCCUCAGGCGGGGAAGCUGAGAGCGCAGCUGGACGAUCUAGGCAUCGAAGCAGCUGUGCUGGAUUUCCCCACCGCUCCUCAACUCGUCGACGAAUGGGCCGCCUUCAUGCAGAAGAUCUGGCGACGUCCGGAGCUGUGGACGCCCAUCGAAGACCUGCGCCGCUUCGGGCGCCACCUACAGGCGCAGUGCCGACAGUUGCUGCACGCCAGCGCCCUCGAGCGGCGGCUGCGAGCGGCGAGUUUCGACGUCGCCGUCGUCGACGACUUUUGGAACGCGUGCGCGCUUGCGUACGUGCGUCGCUCGCUCGAUCUCCCCUACGUUCUCUUGUCGUCGGCGUCGCUCGGUACCCAGGUGGCGCUGGCGCUGCACGUGCCGUCGCCGCCGUCCUACGUGCCGCAUUAUUCGCCGAUGCGACGCAACCCGGUGACGGACGCGAUGACGCUGACGCAGCGGGCGCAUAAUCUCUACCUGCUGCUGCGCGACGCAGCGAUGGAGAGAGAACUGUUCAUCGACGCUUACCAGCAGGUGAAGUCCUUACUGAUGUAUGUACCACACGCUAGCACACGUCUCUUCAUCACACACGGCGGGGGACUGAGCCUACACGAGGCGGUCUGCCACGCCGUACCCGUCCUCGGAAUCCCUCUCUUCGGCAACCACCAGGUGGCGCUGCUUAGGCUCGUCACGCGAGGCAUGGCGACCAUGUUGGAUCGGAGCGAGUUGACGGUGGAGACCCUGGUGGCACAAAUCGAAAGCAUGCUGGCAGACGAGAGUUAUCAGCAAAAUGCUACCAGACUGCAAGCCCUGCACGAAGAUCAACCAAUCAGCCCGGCCGACGCUGCAGUCUACUGGAUCGAGUACGUCGCUCGCCACCAGGGGGCGGCACAUCUGCGGCCGCGGGGAAUGGAUUUGAAUUUCUUUCAGUACUUCAUGCUCGACGUAGCGACGCUGUUUGUCGCGAUCGCCGCGGCAACCGGCUUCCUAGCCUUCCUCUCGUGUCGCAAGAUUUCGCGCAAGAGAAAGGAGACUCCAGCGACGGACAGAAAGAACAAUGAAGCCAAAAAACGCGAGUGAAAAGCAGAAGGGGACGAGUAAAGCGGCUAUCGAGUUUUUAUUCGAUUUCGUAAAAAGCGUGAAGACGACAAACGCAUCAACUUCUCCUCAGACGACUA